AUACCCACAAUGCACUUCGCUCUUGCCAUCUUGUCGAGUGGUUGGGUUAGGAGAGCGGUAGGCAGCAGUUAGCUUUAGCUUUUACCUCCUCUGGUAAAGUGGUUAUCUGUCAGCUAGGAGCAGCUGCCAAGAGUGUUCCUUCCACGCGACGAGAGGCACAACUUCAAAGACUCCAAGACGUGUUCGCCGUCUAGCGCUGGAUUAUUAGACUCUUUUUUUUCUGAAAGCCAACGGGUUUGUUUACAUCAUGAAUUCAAACAUGCUUGUACUGAGGUUGGGGAAACUGGCUAACAUCGGCUAACUUAACGUUAGCUCGUCGGUGAUAAAUACACAGAGCUGAGAGAGAAGAGUGGGCUGCGAGACCGGGCUCGCCUCAGACUAAAGUACCGGCGGCAGCUGCGCGAACACGAACUUUGACAAGGGCCCUGUUGGCAACUCCGCUCUCGGGACACAGCCAAGGCCGAGCGGGUGUCAGAGAGAGCCGGGAUAGAAGCACCAGUCACCCGUCUGCUGGGACCGGACACACCGCGGCGCGUUUCGGGAGUUUCUUUGGGGGCGUCUCUGGCUUCGGGGACACUUUUUCCUCCGACAAGUCGGAGGAAGAGGUACGGAAUGAAAAUGUCCUGUGAUUGUACGUGUCUGCGUCGAAUCCCUCCGCUGUGAAGUACGUCCCCGCACUAGUUUUUACCUGGCAGAAGACUUCCCGCUGGCAGUGCAACAUGUCGAACAUGCCGGCGAAGAAGAAAAGCUGUUUCCAGAUCACGAGUGUUACGCAGGCUCAGGGGACGACCAGGAUCACCGACGACACCGAGAGCCUCGACGAUCCGGACGAGUCCCGGACGGAGGACGUGUCCUCGGAAAUAUUUGACGUUUGUCGGGCCGACCGCGGCACGUGCGAGAGGAGCUCAUCCGAGGAAACGUCAAACAACGCCGGGGAGCCUCCGGGGGGUCACCCGACCGCCGCGGCCCCCGUCAACGGGGGGCUCUGUUAUAAAAGUACGGGCCCCGGUUUUGCCCCUCCACAUCGUUCAGCUACAUCUCACCCAUCUGUCCCGGGCCCGGCCACCCAUCUGGUCACCGCUGCCACCAACUCCACCAGCACCAGCUGUAGUUCCCGCUUCAGGGUCAUUAAGCUGGACCACGGUACCGGAGAACCCUUCAGACGGGGAAGGUGGACUUGCACCGAGUUCCACGAGAGGGAUUCGGAUUCGAACGCGAACAGAACUGUGGAUGGCACGAAGCCGGCCGUAAGGCACGAUCACAGCGUGGACCGGGACAGUGGGCUCAGUGGGCUCGGCCCCACCAGUAACUCUUUGGUCACCAGCAGUGCUUUUUCCGCACAGACUUUGGAGAAGGCCACGGACAGUGGCUACUCCGGCGCGCACCCCCACCCUUCAGAGGCUCCGCAGCAAGGCUACGGCCCGGCUCCUCAGAUGGGCGGCGGAGCGAGUGCCUUCCAGCCCACCGGGCCCCCCCAGAACUUCCUCUCCAACAGCCUCAAUGGGGUGCACCACGGUGCUCCUGCCACGCAGGCCCAGCAGUUUGCCUAUUCUCCUCACCCCGCUGGCCACUCCACCGGUCAGCCUGACUACAGCCAGCAGCACUUUGUCUCAAGCGCUCAGAACCUCCCCGUGUCUGUGCUUCCCGGUGGGACACCGACUAGCCAGGUACCUUCGCCUCUAAUCGCCCCCGCUGUUCCAGGAGCCCGAGGGGUCGGCAGCGAGGCCGCCUCAGCCCAGGGUCUCCUGCCGCACACGGGACAUGCGUCGGCCAUGGCGCCCAUCCUCCCGGGAAGUGGCCCGCAGCAGCAGCACGUGGGCCAGACUCAGCCUUCAGGGGGGUCAGGCACAGCCCCCGCAACUUCCACCGCCACUCACGGCCCCGGCACGCCGGUCGCGGCGCCCUGCACCGUCGACACCCCUCCGGGAGUGCCGAGUCAGACGCCUGGCACAGGACCUGUCGUGCCCUUAGGAUUCAACGGAGGAGCAGCAUCGGGCCUCCCCUCCGUCUUCAGUCCGAAGUCCGAUGGCCAUCCGGUGCCCGGUGCCAUUGUGUUCGCGAGCAAAGAUGGUGUGAAGCCGUUCAUCGGCGAGGGCUUCAACCUGCCCAGUCCUGGUGUCAACAGUCUGUUUGGCAUCCAUAUUACAAUGGAUGUAGAUGAGGACAGUGCAUCCGGUGCCAGCGUCGUCGCAAUUGAUAACAAGAUAGAGCAAGCCAUGGACUUGGUGAAGAGCCACCUGAUGUAUGCGGUUCGCGAGGAGGUGGAGGUGUUGAAGGAGCAGAUCAAGGAGCUGUACGAGAGGAACUCUAUGUUGGAGCGGGAAAACGCCGUGCUGAAGUCGCUGGCCAACACGGAUCAGCUGGGCCAGGUCUCCAGUCAGCUCCACCAGGGCGGCAGCACGCCUCCAUCGCUGCUGCAGCAGCACCCGCUCGUCGCCAUCGACAACAACAACGGCCCCCUGGCUCACCGCGAAGGGAGUCAGAGCGCCCCCCAUCGGCCCAACAUCACCUCGGCGUGAACCCCGUUACACGCGCUCAAACGCAGACUUUUCACAGACGGGACUGGAAGAUCCUGUCAGGAAAGACACCCGACUGCUGCCGUCCCCUUGGCUCCAUGAAGCGAAACGGCUCGACUCCGCCCUCCGUGUGCUCCGUUUGAGGAAAUCGCCAAGCGGCGACAUCUUUGUUUGCCACCGAGAGCCGCGCUUUGAGGUUCGCUUGCCGCCGUUACCGGGCUGCACAUUAUUAAGACAUCAACAAACCCCCUUCAAAAACGUCUUCAUCGGGUCCCCGUGGUGGGCUGCAAGAAGAGGAGGGAGCAGGCGAGCGGGUGCACACAGUUGUGGUGCAGGAGGACAGGGGUCAAAGGGCACGGAGGUUUUUGUUUUUUCUGACUGGGCAACAAGUGGUAAGGGGCGGUUCGACCACACAGGAGUGACGAGGGUCCUGUGACAUCCACCGGGGUCCGUCCUCCAAGGACCCUCAAUCCGUCGCUCCCCGGCUGGAAGAGGCCGGAGGGCCUCGGGAGAGGAUUCCCCCCCCCCCCCCCCCCGACAGUAGCAGGAAGCCAUGCGGGUGCCUCGGCUUGGGGGUUGAGCCUCAGCUCGUUAUGCUGCAACAAGCUUGUUGUCUUCUUAGAGCCACCGUACUUUGACAUGAAUCAUACCUUUUCUCCUUUAUUUCAGUUUUAGUAUUUGAAUUUAUUUAUUUCAGGGCUGCUAUUUUCAUAAUGUAACUGAACAAUGUCAUGGAUAUACUUAUUAACAAAAAAACUUUUUUCUCUUUGGUCUUUUUGGUAUUUUAGAAUGUCAGGUAUUAAAUUUGGUUGUCUCGUUCAACAACUAGAUCUCAAUAAAGUAGGCAAUAAGUUCCAUUAUAGAAAUGUCAUGAAAUAGUGCUAACACUAAAGCUGAGUUUAUAUAUUGGGUGAAAUCCAGGUUGAAUGUAUAUUUUGUAAAGUAUCAAGAGAAAGUAGGGUGUGUACAGGAGAACACCUGUUUAAGAUGUGAUGGGAUGUUUCGAUAAAGAAAUCUAUUAAUUUACCUUUUUUUCUAAGUGAAAUACAGAAAUUAUUAAGGGGUUUGGUCUGAUGAAAAGCUGUGAAAUGGUUCGACCUACUUUAUAACCAAAGACGCAAAGCUGUGGAAGUAGUUUACUUUUUUUCUUUAUUUUUUUAAAUGCACAACCUUUUUUUCCUACUUUUUCCCCCUACAUUUCCUUUUUUGUUGCUCUUUUGCAUGUUCUGCAUGAUCUAUAAUCAAACAUUUCUUACCUCAUGUUUUUAUCCAGCACUCUUAUUUUGUGUGAAGUUGUCAGUCUGUGAAUGAUUGUGAAAGAGAAGGAACAACUGGCAGAGAGGGUCUAGUAGUCGAGGGUAAAAAAAAAAAAAGUGGCUGUGUUUGCUUUGUGCACAAGUCAGAAGGAGCUGCUUUUUUUCCCGCCUUCAUGUCUGUCGUGGCAACUUUCCCACCCAGAGGAAAGGUUUUGUUACAAUUACAGGUUUUUAUGUAUUUAAUAAAUGCAGCAUUUAGUUUUCAAUUUGUAGUUUACCAACACUUUGCUUACAAAAAACUAAUGUACGGAACAAGACGAUGGAAACUAUUCAACUUUUCUCCCUUUAAAAAACGUGUGAGAGUAUUCUGGGAUGUCCUUGUUGUGUCUUUUGUGCCUCUUGUGCUGCUGUACCGCCCGGCGAUUCGGUUUCUUUCUUUUGUGGCUUGGAACUAAACCAAAAUGCUCGGUCAUCUUUCUACAGGAUCAAUGGAUUUUCUCUUUUUUUUUUUUUUGUUGCAAACUGGCUUAUUUAGUAUUCUUUUCUGUUUUCCUUUCAUUUGAAGGAGAUUGUGUGUACAUGCCAAGUGUACUGUAUGAAAGUGAUCACUGAGCCUUCGAGAAAAUAUCUUAACAAUGCCCUUGUAAUGUGCUGUUCAGACAAUUUUAGUUUUCAGUCAAAAAUAAAUUACUGUUUUAUUAAGAGAA